AUGGAGAUGAAGUACAUCUUGCUUAUCAUUAUCUCCCUCCUCUUCACUCUCGGUAGUGCCGACAUCAAUGUUACACAGUUUGGAACGAAGGCUGAUGGAAAAUCUGAUGACAGCGGUGCCUUUACAAAGGCAUGGAAAUCGGCUUGCAACUCCGACGACUCGACUACCCUUUAUGUUCCAGUCGGAAACUAUCUGCUCUAUCCGACCAUCUUUGGUGGACCAUGCAAAAGUCCAAAAAUAACCAUAAAUUUGGAAGGAAAUUUGAUUGCUUCUACUGAUAUUAACAAAGUAGAUGAUGGAUCAUGGCUUAGGUUUGAGAAUAUUGACGGGUUAGAGAUCAAUGGUGGAGUACUAGAUGGGAAGGGAGCCCCCUAUUGGCAUUGCAAAGAAGAUGAUGGAGAUUGCCCUGUGGGUGCAAGAUCUCUAGUUAUCAAAAAUUGCAAAAAUGUAAGAAUGAACAACCUCACAUCAAUGAGCAGCAAAAAGUUUCACAUUGCUCUUGAUAACUCUAAGGGGAUCAAUCUUCAUGGCAUAAAGAUUAGAGCCCCUGGUAAUAGUCCUAAUACUGAUGGUAUUCACGUUGAUGGAUCAAGUGAUGUCCUCAUAAGAGAUGCAAGCAUACAAACUGGAGAUGAUUGUAUUUCAAUUUCACCAGGAACACACGACUUGCAUGUUGAGCAAGUGACUUGUGGGCCUGGACAUGGCAUCAGCAUUGGGAGCCUUGCACAUAGUUUGGAUGAACCAGGCGUGCAGAAUGUGACAGUGAAAAAUGUAGUGUUUCAUGGGACAACAAAUGGGUUGAGGAUAAAGUCUUUUGCACGAAAGAGUAAUGGUUUUGUGAAAAAUAUAGUAUAUGAUGGAGUGGUCAUGAACAAUGUGGAGAACCCCAUCAUCAUCGACCAAAAAUACUGCCCACAUGGACAUUGUCCAAAUCAGAAAUCCGGCAUAAAGAUAAGUGAUGUGAUGUACAAAAACAUUACCGGAAGUUCUACAACUAAGGUGGCCAUUAACUUUAAUUGCAACGCAAGCAAUCCAUGCAAUAACAUUGAAUUGCAAGAUGUGGAUCUUACUUACAAAGGAAAAAAGGCCCAGGCCUCUUGCACGAAUGCUAAUGGGAAAGCAACUGGUGUAGUCACACCACCAAGUUGUUUAUAGAUUUUUAUUUCUAUUUUACUUUUUUUUUUCUUGGUUGGUGUCACUGGUCUGAUUGUGGCUUAAAAAUAUUACUAGAUUG